AUGGCGGACAAGAGCGUCCAAAUCGUCGUCACGGCCUCGGCGUUUCUACUCCUAGCAUGGCUUGCCGUCAGUCUCCGUGUAUACUGCCGGACGACGUUGGUACGAUCAGUCGGUAUCGACGACAAGAUCAUGGUCUUUCUUCUGCUAUGGUGGAUUCUCGAGCUGCUCAACGUCGUCUCAACAUGUCUCCUCAAGAUCUCCGUUGGCUACUUCCUCCUCCGGGUUGCACUUGAUCGGCCGCACAUAUGGAUAAUUCGAGCUCUCAUGGUCGGUACAGUUUUCUUCGGAACGACAUACCUCUUCAUGGUAGCUUUCCAGUGCAGACCGGUGCCAACGUACUGGGAAGAAGGGCCUAGAACACCGGAGAAAUGCUGGCCCUCGCGGGUUAUCUACAUCAUGACGAUUGCGGCGACGGUCAUCAACACGAGCGCCGACUUUAUUUUCGGUGCUUUACCGUGGUUCAUCAUUAGAUCCAUGAAUCUUCCGAUCGGGACGAAGAUUGUGGUGGUUUGCAUCCUGGGGCUAGCCGCCGUGUAA